AUGCUAGAGGAAGAUCGGAACUUCCUAGGCCAGACACCCUUACAUCUUGCGAGCGUUAAUCGGGAUAUUUCAAGUCUUCUGUUAGAUGCUGGGCAUAGCAUAGACACCACUGAUAAACAUGGGAUCACUCCUUUGAUGUACGCAGCCGGGAUGGGAAAUAGCGAAGUUGUCCAAAUGCUUAUCCUCCGAGGUGCGGACACCACCAUCUCAGAUACACGCUGGGGCCGGAAUUUCGUCGCAUAUGCAUCCAUCGAUGACCUGAGAAGGGCCGAAUACUUUGAAAAUCUGGUUAACCUCUGUGAAGAUGUGAAUCUCACAUUCGAGAAUCGCAACAAAGGCACAAUUCACGAAAACCUACUACACUACGUCCGAAACCAGAAGGAGGCCCAGUCUCUUUUGACUCGCGGAGUGGAUCACAAAAACGAUCGCUUUGUAGACAAUGUCACAAUUGUCAGCCCUGGUAGUGAGCCAAUGAUUGAUUUGUCAACGCCGAUGGCCGAAUAUGCUUUCUGGUUACAGCACGAAUACUUCCGGAGCAGAAAUAGACCGACUAAUCUUGCAAAGGACCGCUGGUAUGAAAGACGAAUGUCCUGGUUUCGAGAGUUGAUGGAUAUAAUGCAAGUACGGGACAGUGAGAUUGUCAAGAGUCUGCGCAAGAUAGACGUCACAGAGAGCCGAUCCGAGCAAGUUGAUCAGGAGGCGAUCUCUGCCCAGUCUCUAGCUCAUUUUAACUCCUCUGCGUUCGAAAUUGUCGAUUUGAAUACCCAGAGGUCCGCCCCAGGAUCUCUCCGUAACAGGAUGGAGAGAUCCCAGCUUCGCAAGCUGGAUUCGAGGACAGCAGAGUGUUCUAAAAACAAGCAGUCCGACCUAUGUGGCCUUAUUUCUGGUGGCAUUGUUGCCCAAACACCAACCGUUUUUGUCUAUACUGUCAACCCGAAGGACCUUCGAGAAUGGCAGUUGAAGGAGGCCUACGCCCAGAAGGCUCCAGCAGAAAUACCCGAGAAGCUCGUCAAAGACGUCCCGUGGCCAGCUUUGGAUGUCCAUCAAACCGUCUACACAAAGACGCACCAGCGGAGACGCAUUGGAUUCCACUAA